AUGUUCUCAAACGGCCCCCGAGGCGGAGGCGUUCACGUCCGCUCCGAGGGAGUCAAGAUCGAGUCCCGUGUGAUGGGUGCGAGCCAGGACCAGACCAACAACAACAAAUGGGCGCAGUCGCCAGGUGCCAUUGCAGGCUUUACAAUCGUCUUCUCCCUCGUGGCUGCCGCAUGCAUCUACCUGCUCUGGCGCGGACCCAAUCGCCAAGCUUUCCCAUGCAUAAAGCGCAACAAAGAUCGGAAGGAUGCCGAACAAGACUCGUAUGGCGUGCGUGGGCCGGCCAACUGGCGCGACACUAUUGUGCGCAAGGAAGCUUUCUUCCCUGUUCCAAAGGGCAUCGGUAUUCCGUCUGCCGUCGACAGGACCGAGAAAGACCUCGCCCGUCAAUCCCAGCGCACUGCCUCGCUCUACUCGUACGACAGCAAGUACACGACGGCAACGACGGCCAACGGCGCACCUCGCUCGAACCGAACCUCACGCACCUCGUUCAACGACCACCGCACCUCGCGCGUGGGCAGCCGCCGUCCGCCGAGCCUUGGUGCCGCUAGUGCCUUUAGCAUUCCCGAAGUCCCCGAGGCUGCGCAUCUGGCAGCAACGCACGAAUAUCCAUUGUCCUUCCCACCCGGAUCGGCCCAAUACCCUUCACCUCUGCCACGCUCGCCUAGCAACGGCGCGACACAGUCCGACUACUUUGGCCCGGCAUCCCCCGGCUUGCUCUCCGUCAACUCGGCCUACGGGCGUUCGCCGGUCACGUCGCCCCCGGAUGUGGCCGCUGCAGCUAACCGCCGCUCGCUCGUGCGCAAGAGUGUUGGCUCAGCCGUCGGCAUACCCUCCCCGCUAGCCCAGUCGACUGUCUCGGACGGAACCGACAAACCUCAAAGACCCGAACUGCGCAAGUCGCGCACAGUGAGCUUUGUUGACAGGUCCGACUCGCGGCCGCAGAGCUCGUCGACGCCAUCGCCUCCCCGCACGCAGAGCAGGACAACCACGCGCUCGGCGCCAGACCACCUCCCGCCCGGUGCUGCAGAGCCGCAUGAGCCCAUGCCCCCCAUGCCUCACUACCUGCGUGCCGGCGGCGCGGACGAGGCCGUCCCUGUCCCUGUCCCGCGCGUGUCGUGGAACGGCGCAAACUACGCCACCGAGGCCGGCCCGUCCAAACCUUCAGGCGCGGCGUACCAGCUUCCCGACGGCGCGUAUCCUCCCACGCACCCUGUCGCUCUGGCGCACGCCAAGCUCUCCUUGGCUUCGGCCAGCCCCCCCUUCCCUUCCCCAUCCACAUUCCCCGUUGCGCAGUUGUACGCGACUCCCCCGCAAUCGCCAAAGCGCACUCCCGCGGCCCCCGGCUACAUGUCGCGCUUCUCGCGCUCGCCGAGCGCCAGCACCAACGCGAGCCCGCUCGCCGCUCAGGAGGGCUACGCGCCCGCCGUGUUAAGCUCACCACCGCUGCGCGGCUAUGAGUUCAGUGAGGAGUAUCUCAGCUCGUCUGGAACGCGCUCUGAGCCGUCGUCCCCGCCAUCCUCGACCCCGCCGACGUCCGUGAGCAAUUACUCGACGCCCGCCAGCUCGAUCGCCGGCCACGGCGGGGCGCGCGUCGUCAGUGGCAAAAAACCUGGGCAUAGAACUGGCGGCUCGACCAGCAGCUCACCCAGCUCGUCCACAUCCAGCCGCAAGCGGGGACUGUGGUACGACACGGCGGACGCCAACUCCCCUCCCAGUAUCUAUCCCCCGACUGUGGCCCCUCCGGCCCAUGUCUGA